UUAGGCAUUGCUUUCAAACUGAUUUGCUACUUUGCUAACUGGGCCCAGCACAGACCAGGAAUUGGCAAGUUUCUGCCGGAAAACAUCCCCCCUUGCCUGUGCACUCAUCUAAUCUAUGCAUUUGCUACCAUCAAUAGUAAUCACAAGAUUACUACAAAGGAAGAGAAUGAUGCAGAACUUUACACAUCAUUCAACAACCUCAAACAACAGAGACCACAACUGAAGACACUCCUGGGUGUUGGAGGUUGGAACUUUGGUACACAAAGAUUCACCAGUAUGGUUAACGCCAGGAAGAAUCGUACAAUAUUCAUAAACUCAACAAUUGACUUUCUUAGGAAACACAACUUUGAUGGUUUGAAUUUAGACUGGAAGUAUCCAGCAGCAAGAGGAAGUCCAGCGGAUGACAAAAAAAGGUACACUUCUUUGCUUAUGGAAAUAAAAAAGGCUUUUCAGCAAGAAGCAAAAAGAACUAAGAGUGUCAAGCUACUCAUUUCAGCAGCUGUAGCAGCCAGUAAAGAUAAAAUUGAUGCUGGUUUUGAGAUUUCAAAAGUUGCUCGAAAUGUUGACUUUAUCAAUUUGGUUUCAUAUGGUUUCCAUGGAGCUUGGGACCGGUUCACAGGACACAUCAGUCCUUUAUAUCGUGGCAGUGCUGAUAAAGGUGCUUAUGCAAAUUCUAAUGUGAAUUACGCUGCCAAAUAUUGGAUUCAGAAUGGUUUACCAGCAAACAAAAUGAUAAUUGGAUUUCCAACCUUCGGGCGUACGUUCACACUCAAGUCUUCAAAUGCAAGUGUUGGCUCUGCAGCAAUUGGUCCAGGACCCCCUGGCAACUACACGAAAGAGGCUGGUUUCCUCGCUUAUUAUGAGAUUUGUGACUUUUUGAAAACUGCCACACCCAAAUUUAUUAAGGACCAGAUGGUUUCAUACGCAGUUAAGAAAGACGUAUGGCUUGGAUACGAUAAUCUGGACAGCUUUCAGACUAAAGCUCAGUGGCUGAAGAAGAAUAAAUAUGGAGGUGCCUUUGUGUGGACAAUAGAUCUCGACGAUUUCCAUGAUCAUUGCCAACAGGGAGUACUUCCUCUAACAACCAAAUUGAACAAAUUACUUAAAAUAAAUUCAGGCUGUAAAAUACAACAUUCAUCUUCCAGCAGUAAAAUUAACAAGAACAAUGACAACACAGAGAUACGUAUUAAUGGGCCAUGGUGCCUCAAUAAAACAGCUGGAGUCUACGUUGACCCAAAUGAUUCUACCAGAUUCUACCGCUGUGAUCAACUAACCACCCAUGAGCGCUGUGCUGAUGGAUUAGUUUUUGAUAAAAACUGCUUAUGCUGCAAUUGGCCUAAAAAUUCAGCAGCUUUCCACAAGACUGUCACAACAAAUAAGUAAUGCAUAUCACCCUCCCCCAAAGAUAUUAUGUGCCACAUUAACCCUUAAUACAGUUAGCAACAGUAAGAUACCAUUCAUCAUGGGAUCCCUAGCUGAACCAUAUUAUUUUGGCUGCAAGUUUGGCGCUAAUUCCUAGUUCAAUGCUUGUAACAUUUGCUCUUAGUUCAAGAAAAAAAUCUUGUUAUAUCUUGGUGUUGGAUGCCUUACUAAAGUCUUUCUGAAAGUUCAGGUAGAGAAUAUGUACCGACAUGCCCCUCAUUCAUGACAUGAGACACAAAUUCAAAACAAAACCCAUUGUGUAGGGAAUUAUCUUUCUUCUGGGGCCUACACUGAACAUUAAUGGCUCCUUCCCUUCUCCAAUGAUUAUAAAAGGAGAUUUUUUAUAAUGACUUGUUCAUCAUUGGCAAGAUGAUACAUCAGGUAGACAGAAUGUAGUUCCCGGCAUGGAAUUGUUACCAAGUUUUUUUCCUCCCAGUCUACUGCAUGGCUAUCCUUGGGUCAACCAAUAACCAAGCAAACACCCCAGAUUUGUAUUCC